AUGGUCAUUCCAGUCGAUGUACCGCUGAACAGGACAGUCCUCUCCAUUAUCGUUACACUGUGGCUUCGCGUAGCCGUUCAUGCUGGAGUAAGGCAUGAUGCUUUCCAGGUCGUAUCUGGAAUCAGCUUUGAUAAGCCAGCCGGGCUCAACAAAGUUCUUGAUGGAAGAGACACAAGUGCAUUGGUCCAGGCGAAAAUCCCAGGCAUGGGUGGCACCUUGACCAUUAUGGCCAGAGGUCGUUUCAAGCUCUUCGAAAACUCCGCCUAA